AUUAAUUCGUCGGCUCACCUAUCACUCUCCUCUCCUCUCGCAGCCAAAGUAAAAGUGAGGUCACGAGCUACCUCUCUCUCAAGCUCUUCCUUCGUCUCUGUAACUUUCUAAAUCUGAAACCCUAACCUUAUCCUUUAAACUAGAGGAGAGAGAGAGAGUAGAUACCGUACGUAAUUGCUUCUCUCUUGAUUUGAUUACCGCUCUCUCGCUGAAGCGAUGUCACGGGUUUAAUUUGUUCCCGUCUCUUUCCUUCUCCGGAACGUGAGGAAGGUCGAUUGAGCAUUGGGAGGGCGACCUUGUGCCACGUUGAAGAAGGCUGCGUGAUACCUGUGUGUCAAGGUGAUCAGGAUUGAGUGCUUCAUAGUGUUGGGAGUUGAUGUCCUAAGAAGAGGAAGAGGGAGAAGGUGAAGAUGGAUCGGGUGGCAAUGACCGUCGGACCGGCGAUGGACAUGCCGAUAAUGCACGACAGUGACAGGUACGAGCUGGUGAAGGAUAUCGGGGCCGGCAACUUCGGGAUUGCGCGGCUGAUGCGGGAUAAGCAAACUAAGGAACUGGUGGCUGUCAAAUACAUAGAGAGGGGGGAAAAGAUAGACGAGAAUGUCCAGAGGGAGAUUAUAAAUCACAGAUCUUUAAGGCACCCAAAUAUUAUUAGAUUUAAAGAGGUUAUUUUGACUCCAACCCAUCUUGCUAUUGUCAUGGAAUAUGCUUCUGGCGGUGAACUUUUUGAGCGUAUUUGCAAUGCUGGACGAUUCAGUGAGGAUGAGGCUCGCUUCUUCUUUCAGCAGCUCAUAUCUGGAGUUAGCUAUUGCCACUCGAUGCAAGUAUGCCAUCGGGAUUUAAAGCUUGAGAACACCUUGUUAGAUGGAAGUAUUGCUCCACGUUUAAAGAUAUGCGACUUCGGCUACUCUAAGUCAUCAGUUUUACAUUCCCAACCAAAGUCUACUGUUGGAACUCCUGCAUAUAUUGCUCCUGAAGUUUUACUCAAAAAAGAAUAUGAUGGCAAGAUUGCUGAUGUAUGGUCCUGUGGAGUAACACUCUAUGUAAUGCUGGUGGGAGCAUAUCCUUUUGAGGAUCCAGAAGAACCAAAGAACUUCCGGAAAACAAUACAGCGUAUUUUGGGAGUUCAAUAUGCUAUUCCAGACUAUGUUCAUGUAUCUCCCGAAUGUAGACAUCUAAUAUCAAGGAUUUUUGUAGCCAAUCCUGCCAUGAGAUUUACGAUGACCGAGAUUCGCAAUCAUGAGUGGUUCCUAAAGAACCUCCCUGCUGAUCUAAUGGAUGACAGCACUAUGAGCAACCAAUAUGAGGAGCCCGAUCAGCCAAUGCAGAGCAUCGAUCAGAUAAUGCAGAUUAUAGCAGAAGCAACUAUACCCGCCGCCGGCACUCUUGGCCUCAACCAAUACCUUACCGGUAGCCUCGAUCUUGACGACGAGGACAUGGAUGAUUUUGCAUCUGAUCCAGAGCUUGAUGUGGACAGCAGUGGGGAGAUAGUUUAUGCCAUGUAAUGGUGGUUGCUCUACAGCAAGUAAGUGUUUGUUGAUGUAUUUAAAUCUACAGAAAUCAGUGAAUAUGUAAAGCAAGCUGUGUAUUUGCAGUUUGAUGGUUGGGCUUCCUUGCUGUGUUGUUGAACUCCAAAGCUAUAGGACUACUCAAUAAAUUAAAAUGAACUUGUUUGUGAUAUUUGACUUGAAUUUGAAUAGCUUUUUU